GCUGGGGGCUGGGGGGAGGGCUGAGGUGUUCCUCCCCCUGUUUCAGCCCCCCCGGGCCCUGUGAGACGGGGAGCUGCUGCCCGGGGUUAGGCCCAAGGUCCCCUGUCAGGCCCAGGACCGCCCUUCCCCUCGCCCUGCCCUUCCCUCCCGCUCCUCAGCCCUUGCUCAGGCCUUUUGGGCCGUCUGGCCGUCCGUCUGUCCAUCCAUCCGGCCGUCUGGCCGUCCGUCUGGCCCUCUGCCCCUCCGUCCCACUGCCCUGCCCUGUCCCUGCCGUCUCCCUAGGGAAGCAAAGAGUCCCUGGGCUGCCUUCAGGGGGGAGGUUCUGCUGAGGAAAUUAAAGCUUCCCCCUUAACGGGCGCCUUGCGAGUUCUUUUGAGUUCCAACCUUCUGCCUUCCUUUUGUAGCAGUGCCUCUAAGGGGUGCGCUGUAAGGUAGCCGUCAUCUGGCGCGCUGCUCCUCCGUUUCCCAAAGGAACUGCCUUCAGGAUCUGACUAACUCUGGAUGCACCCGGUUGUCACCUUAAUUUCUCCUUUAGUUUGCUGAAAACAACCCGCUUGGGUGACCUUGGUGUUUGUUUCUUAAAACUUGGCUCGAGGUGAUGCUGAUGUUCACGAUGAAAGUGCAGAAGGGAUGCUUACUGUUGCCCGGGUCAGUACUGUUGCCAGGAUGGGAAUGUUUAGCCUACCGGCCCUCUGGUGCUGUUAGGCUGCACUCGGAGUGUGAGCUCUGGGCCUUAUUUCGAAACUACGGCGUUACUUGAGUGUACAAAGCCGAGAUAUUCUGCGGAUAGGUGAUUCUCAAACCACGUCAGGACCACCGCUGUGGCGUGUGCUGGAGUCGGACGCGCGUUUGACUGAUCAGGCGGAGCAGGCGAAUUGAAUUUGUUGCUGGAUGGCGAGGUCUUCUGGGGGAAGAGCUAGUCUAAGGAAAACUUCCUCUUACUGCCCCUUCCCAUCUCCAAUGGCCACUGCCUGAGGAAAUUGGUUCUUUAUGAGAUUAACUACAACGUUACAGUGAGGACGAGGAAUCAUCAUUUCUCCCAUAGUUAUUUGCUGCCAGGCCGCAGCGUUGAUUUCAGAGAUUUUUUUUUUUUAAAAAAAAAAAAAAAGGAAAAAGAAAGGAAGUAUGUAUUCUUUCACAUACUCUCUUUUCCCUGAGAGUAAAUGUUGUAGCUUCAGCAGAACCCUUCUUCUGGAAACAAUUCCCAGUGCCUGCUCAGACACUGGGGAGGAAAAUGACAGAGAGAACAGUGGAGGAGAGCCACCCGACAUAAAUAAAGGAAAAAAGGGGUUAUGGAUUAAGGGAAAGCCACUACAUAAAAAAAAUUGGUGCUCUCUAAAAAUCGGUUAAGGGUUUGGGACCUGCAGGUGCUGCCUACAUGUGCGUGUGUUGCAGUCGUGCCUGUUGCCACUGCGCAAAGUGGAGGGAGCUUCUUUGUCGAAUGCAGCAUGUUAAAGCAUGCGCCAUUGAUGGAAGAAAAGCACGGCCUUCCCUCGUGUGGGACUUCUUCCCUAUUGAUCUGUGGUUUACCUGAAGGGUUACCAGAACCUGCAUAUGUUUCAAAAAAAAACAAAAGAAACAGAAAACAAAAAGCAACACCAACACUAAAGAGUGGCAAGGCAGAUGCUCAUGUGGGGACUCUGACUCAUGGGUGACAUCACCAAGCAAAGCACUGGGAGCGCUUCGGGCCGGGGCUGCUGCGGCGAGCCUCGCAGGCGGGAGGGAGAGCGGGUACGGUUCGCCUCUGGCGGGUCCGUGUCAGCCCUCUGCCCUGGUGGCUUCGUUAGCAGUGAGAGUUUGACUGCUGUGUUCCCAGCUUUGGCUUCUGCACCGAGCGUGUGGCAGAGCCCGCAAGCUGCUUGCUCAGCUGGAAGAGGAAGAGGAGUGACCUCAACUGUGCCGAGGUAAAGCAGAACUGUUGAAAAGAUUUGUCAAAGCUGCGGGUUGUGCCAGCGCAGCCGCUGCAGCUGCAGCAGGUCCUGGAGCAUUGGAGAAGACAGAGAGGGCUUUCUUCGUGAAAAGAAUGCUGUAAAAGUGUUUUCAUGCCAGAAAUUAGGACGAACGCCUCUGUUGUUUGGACAUCCUCUGUUGACCUGGCACACUGGCAUUACAGCACACCUGGCACACUCUUUGUAUUGUUUGUAGAAAAAAAAGAAGUGUUUUAGUGAGGGCAGGCCAAAAACCUGCCUUGGCACUUCCACAUCGCAGCAGUGCUUGCAGAGCGUGCAUCCUGGAUGCCAGGCCAGGAUCUAAAUGCGAUGGUGCUGUUGGGAACGUGAAGUUCAGGAAGCACUUCUGGGUUUUUCUGCUCUUCCGUGUGACUUUUUGCCCUGUGAAGGUGGUGUACUGAGCUCUUUCCUUCCCAACAAACAGGUUUCAAAGCAGUUACAGUUUAACAUCUACAUGCUUGGGUGUUAUUAACACAGCAUUGCAUCCUGAGCUGGGGCUUGGUAGGAGAAAACAGAAAUCUUACCUGGGAAACUGGGACACUCUCAACUACGUACUGCUACGAAGAAACUCAGCUGUACGAGUGCACUUAAAUAACACAUCACCAGAGCUACUGUGACCAUUGAAGGCACCUUCUCCCAACACUGUCUUAUUGGAAGUUGAUACGGACUGGCAGCAUGCAGUUGGUUCCCAUCCAUAACGUGUGACUGUACAGUGCUGUAUAAGAAGUUUUUUUCACCGCUUUGGAGAAGGUGAAGAAAAACACACGCACCCAUUGAUACGUGGACCCUGAACCUGCCCCAGGCUAAUUAACAGGGAUGCCCAUUGGAUAUCUGCUGGUACGCUGCUGCCCUCUGACUGCUCCAGCAGAAGUCCAAUUUUAAGUAACCAGCAGGUCCCUCUGAGUGGCUUUGCUAAAACUCCUGCAGUAGGAAGUAUCCUACGAGAGCCAAGUCACUAAACUGAUGUGUGGUUUUCCCUUAAUCCCCUCACCCCUGACUUUCUAGCUCCUGACGACACUGCCAACGUGUGCAGUGCUAGGUGCCAGCUGCCAUGGCUUAUAUAUAUUGUAAAAUUAGGGAUCUGGGACUUGUUCUCAGUGCUCACAGGUUAGCAGUUGCUUAAGAGCUUUACUUUCUCGUUCUGCUAAUGCACAUUAAAUUCUUCAGGAACUGCAGCACAAGAACCGUCUUGCACAGGAUCUCUGGAAGCAGGAAAUAGCCGCUCUGUGGAGCUCUCUCUUCCUUUUAUAUGUUAAGGGCUCUUUAGAACAGCAGCAGAUGGAGCAGCUCUUCCUGGGAGGGAGAACGGGGCUAUCGGCAGCUCGUUCCAGUGGUCCCAGAUGUCUCGUGGUUGUGACAUUCGUGGCUGGGGGAGGCUGCUCAGUCGAGGCAUUGGUCACCUCCCGGCUUUGCAGAACACAGACUUUCAGGGUAAAGGUGUCGCUGUCGCUCUGGGACUGGGAGAUGGGCGAAACAUCUUAGGCUUGGAAGUGAUUCUCUGCAGAGCGGCGUGCUCAGAUGUGAGCACAUCGUCUUGGCCGCCUUAUUAGAUCCCUGCUUGAGAGGUUGCUUUGAAGAAUUGCUUCCUCUUCAUAUCGCUGUGUCAAGCUAAAGACAAAUCUGUGCUGAAGCACUGUCUGACCAGAGGAGUGCCUCAGUUCAGGAUUGUUCUUUGACAGCUACAGAAACACCAGGACAACCUGCGCUUUCAGGAGCAGAUUGAUUUGAUCUUGAGAUUGUCACAGUCCAGGUCCCUGAAGUGGCACGUCUUCCAAUAGAGUCGCUUGGGCCAGCAAGGAGCAGCUGUACCUCGCGGCUGUGGUAACUCGUGGCUCUGAGUCUCAGAGAUCACGGUGAAAGGUGACCCCCAGCUCGCUGGUGGAGGAGGCUGAGGCAGCGUUCAGCUUUAACCUUUGCCUUCUUGGCUGGCAUCUUUGCUGUCUUGCUGUCAGUGGGUAUCGAGUGUCCUUCCGUCCAGCCUCAGAAUGCGCUCUCAGGGCAGAUGGAGGCAGCAUUUAACAGCUAGAAUUCACUCCUAUAUAAAGAGCACAAACCGUGUAUUUUCUGCUUUUGCUUUGGAAUUCUUAGCUUUAGGUUUUCCUGCAGGUGCUGAGGUUUCUCACGGCAGCAAGGAUGAGCUGUGUUAGCAGGAGGCUGUUCUGUGCUUCGACCAUGGGAGGAUGAAUGGUUUACCUGUGCACCGUUCAAGUGUGAUUUGACACCUAGCACACAACACUUUCAGCCUGCGGGGUGCUUUAACAAGCAGGGAAAUCAGCGGAGACUGUUUUGCAGCCAGGGUGAUGCUGGGUGAUUAAAAAGCAGGGUCAGAACAAGGAGUUUAUGGUGUUCUUUCUUGCUUGUCAUCAGACUGUCCGCUUACUGCUGUUCUUAAAAAAAAAAAAAAAAAAAAAAAAAAACGGGGUAAGCAUCUUUAAUAUCUUUAUUAUAAACGGAAGGCACAAAACAGGCCAGCAACAGAGACUUUCUCUUGAAAAAUACUUUGUGCCUUAUAAACAAACAAGAAAGUACCCUUAGGUAGGUGUGAUAAUCCUUCUCUAAUGCAUUUUUUGGAGUGCAAAAAUGUUUUGUUCCCUUCUUGCUCUUCUCUCCAGGACAAAGGCAGAAUAGCCAACUGGAAAGUUAGAGCAGGGAGGUCAGUUUGUUCCAUACUGAGGAAGACAAGCCUGUAAAACAAACUAGACAGAUUUUCUUGGUACUAGUUAUCUUCCUUCAGCAAAGGCAAAAUUUAUGACACUUGUUGGCGUGUACUUCCAGACCCCCAGCUACCGUGACUGUAGUGCAUCUGUAAUUCUUUUGUACAAAAAGAGUUCAAAAUCUCGUAAUGCAGAAACUUUCCUAGCACCCUGGAGAAAAAAGAAAUCUAAAAAUCUUACCAACUUCUAUUACAGACCUGCUGAGUGCACCAGAGUUACUCAUUUUUAUUCAGGCUUUCAGGGGCUAGUUCAGUUGGUUUCUGUUCAGCACUUGGAUUGCCGUGUUAGCAGAUGUCAGUUUAAAAAAAAAAAAAAAGGCUUUUGAGAUCUUUUUUCAAAUGAGACUGCUUUUUAUGGCAUUUAGGGCUGAGAGGUAUCCUUGGUUCUUGCUUUCUUCCCAUUCCUUAGACCAGAUCCAUUCAUAUCCUGAACAGCGUUCUGGGUCUGUUCAGGAAAGUGGAAGGCAACAAGCAGGAUGGUGAGCUCCGUGGGCAUUUGAAAGAGCUAAAUCUGGAAAAUGUUUCGGGUCAGGCUUCCAUGCUCAGGAGCACCAGUAAUUUUUAGAAGUAGAUGCAGAGGAACGUGCAUGGCACUGAGUGUGUUUCUGAAGGUGCUGAAGGUCAGAAGUGACGAUUCCUAUCAAUACUAAAGAAGAGAAGGAAACCUUGCACUUAACUACUGUUUUUAUUCCCUUUGUCAAGCAGUCAAAACCAAUAACUAAUAUGAGAACCCAACUUUUCCUCUCUUUAUUUUAGAUUUGGGAAAAUUCCCUGCCAAAAAAAUAUUUCCUGGACAAUUCACUAGUGUUUGUGUGAGUAAAAGGUUCCAACCUUUUAUUAUUAAUUUGUAAGAACUAUUUCAUCCACUUUUGUCCAGAAGAGUCCGAAAUAAUUUGCACAGAAAUGUGCAGCAUUUUAAUGAAAGGAUUCAGAAUCACUCUAAUUUGAACUUUAUCUGGUCUGGUUGCAGGUUUUAUGACAUCUAGUGUCUUAAAAAAAAUAAUCAAAAUAUCUGACUUCACAUCAGGAAAAAAAAAACUGCUUGUGGCUAAAUAAAAUCUGUUGCAGCUCUGGUCAUUGAAAAAUCAUUGGCUGUUAAAUUGGACCUAAGUCAUCGUUUCUAACCUUUCAUGAUCCUGCAGCAAUGGAUGAUGAUGGAUAUAUGGAUUAGGGAACAGCACGUGAUGGCAAACCUGUGGUAUUUGCUACAGCGCAGAAAGAAAACAAAUUGCUUCCAAAACAUCAAACUAAUUCAAAGUUCUUGGUAUCAUGCAGCCAUGCCACUGGCAAAGUGAGCAUUCCCCUGCCUCUCCAAGCUUGCUGUCUCCUUGAUCUGCUGUCUUCCUGCUGUUAAUUGAUUGCAACUCUACGUGUCUGAUCAGGGCUACGAGUCGUUCUCGAUACGGAUAUCAUACAACAUAUCCUGUGCACGCUUGUGUGUAUAGAUAUGUUUAUCCUGUAUGCAUGUACAUAUGUAUGCAUAUUUGUGUGCUGGCCCCCAGAUCACUCAUGUUAUAAAGCAUUGGCCUCGAAGGCAUACUCAUCAAAAUAUUUUGUAGAGCCUCCAUUUUUUUCUAGUUCCCUCCAAAUGAGAGAGUUUUUACGCGCUCUCUGUGUCCAAAAGGCAAAACUUCUGAUUUCCACUGUCGCUCUCGCUAACUUUCUAUCACUCGCUCCUCGUGUGUGUAUAAACACAUAUGUGUGUAUGCCUAUGCACAUUUGUGUAUUUAUAUGCACUGGUGUGUUUUUUGCUGUACAGGUAAUAAAGACGGGGAAAGGUUUUUGUGUUUUCUUAAUAGGUGAAGAAAUCUUGAAGACCAGAGAUUGGAACAUACUGAAUUUUAAAUUAAAAAAAAAAAAAAAAAAGUUAAAUUGUCCGGCUGUGGAAGAUGGAUCCUCAUUUUUGCAGCCACUUUGAAUCACGAGUUCAUCUCUAAAUGCACUGGGUUUUUUUGUUUUUGUUUUGUUUUGUGGUUUUUUUUUUUUGGUUUUUAUUUUUUGAAGAGCUAACUAACCCUGGCUGUCUCCAGUCUGAGAGAGUAUUCAAAUGGACUUGCUUCCUCCAUUAGUUAUAAGCUGUUUAAAAGCACAUCCUAUGUUUGAAUUGUGGAUGAGAGGUUCCCUUGGCAAAGUGAGGAGGAAAAUUCUUCCUACCCCUUUAUUAUUAAUUCACGGAUUCAGUGUUGGUUCGGCCUACAGGAGAAGUUAACUGGAAGUCUUUGAAGAUCGAUAACUUUGCUGAGGUUGUCCAGGGUUACUUUUAAAAAGAAGAUUUCACUGAUCACAAGCCAGUAGAAGACUUUCAGCCCAAGCAAGGGUGAAGACAGCUCUCUCCAAGAGCAGAGGAAGUCCCUGUGGAGAGAACCCGAGCUUGUUUUCAGAACUUGUCGGCAUGUCUAAGCAAGGAGACGAUUGCUACUUCUAUUUCUAUUCUACCUGUACCAAGGGAGACAACUGUUCCUUCCGCCACUGCGAAGCUGCUCUGGGGAACGAGACGGUCUGCAAGCUGUGGCAGGAGGGUCGUUGUUUCAGGAAUGUCUGCCGAUUCAGACACAUGGAAAUUGAUAAAAAGCGCAGUGAGAUUCCCUGCUACUGGGAGAACCAGCCAGUAGGCUGUCAGAAAGCCAACUGUGCUUUUCAUCACACCAAGGGACGUUACAUCGAUGGAGUCUUCUUACCGCCAAGCAAGACUACGCUGCCGAGUCCGCCUGAGUCCGCGGACGAUGAUUUGAAAGUGGCUCAGAUGUCACUGCAGCAAAACAAACUUUCUGUCCAGUCCAAUCCCUCUCCACAGCUAAGGGGGGUGAUGAAAGUGGAAAACUCUGAAAAUGUCCCAAGCCCUACACACCCUCCAGUUGUAAUCAAUGCUGCAGAUGAUGAUGAAGAUGAUGAUGACCAGCUUUCUGAGGAAGGAGAAGAAACUAAAACUCCCGUCCAGCAACCAGCUGAGGAAGGCCAAAAUGGAUUACGGAUGAUUUCCACUCGGAAAGCCGGUGCUACUACUGCUAAACAAGAGGACGGUCUGAAUUUUGGAAUAAAAACACUUGAAGAAAUCAAAUCUCAGAAAAUGAAGGAAAAAACUAAGAGACACGGUGAAGGUCCUUCAAGAUCUUCUCUUCCUCCCGUCGAUUCUAUGAUUCUUCCUGCUCCGGAAAAGGAAAAUGUCCGGACAGUGGUGAGAACUGUGACACUGUCUACAGAGGAAGGGGAGGAACCUGUGAUUCGACUAGAUCUUGCUGAGAAACAAGGAAAACGGAAAGCCUCCGUGGCUGAUGUAAGCGCCCUUCCAGUGAAGCGCAGCCUUGCUGAAAGGCUGGGGAAGAAGGUGGAGGUUCCGGGAAAUGCUGACAAAGCACCGAAGAGAGGGAAGGCUGCUAAGCCAAAGGGAGAGAUCCACGUGAAAACACUGGAGGAAAUCCGUAGUGAGAGAGCUCUUCAGAGACGAGAAACUCAAGCCAAAGCCCAGGCUGAAUGGCAUGGUAAAACCGAAGAUCCCAGUGCAGGGGCAAGACCCGCUCCUGCAGGUCGCAUCAAAACUUUCUCUGAAGCCUUGGCUGAAAAAAAGAAUAAUCGCUUGGUAGAAGAGAAGAAAAAAGCAGGAGAAUUCCAUACCAAGAUAAAAAUUCAGGGUGAGCCCAAGAAGCAGUGUGUGCUCACUCUGUCCGGGCCCAGCAAAGUGCAGUCGAAGGAGCUGGCAGGUAAAGUCAAGGCAGAAGGAGAAGUGCGUGUUAAAACCUUGGAAGAAAUAAAGCGCGAGAAAGCUCUGCGGAUGCAGCAGAGUGGAGGAAAUGUGCCAGCUCCCCCAGCACAACCUGGACCUGCCCCAGCAGGGCAGAAAUCGUUACGGAACACAAAGCUAACAGCACCUGAAAAAGAAGAAAGGAAGACAGUGGAAUUGAACCGGCCUUUUCCUAAAAUUUACUCUGUACCUGAUGUACAGCCCGCUCAGCAGAGUGCAACUCGUACUAAAUUUCAAGUGAAGAGCAUCGACGAGAGACUGUGGGAGAAGUGGCAACUGAGAGAACAACAAGAGAAGCUUCGGAAGGAGGCAGCUGCCGUCCCAUCUACUGCUGGCUUCUUUGCUACUGUACCACUAGGGAAAGAGGCAGCUCAAUUUCAGGAACAGGAAGCGAAAACCAACUUUAACAUGUUUGCGAAGCCUUGGGAUGGGAAAGUCGCUUCCCCCAAGAAGAAGGCACUGAAACGUAAGGCACCUGGGAGUUUUCCCUCUGCUGUAGCAGCCGUGAAACCCCGGACUGCCUUUGAUGCUGACACAAUGGGACCUCCAGCCAAAAAAGCAGCUAUGGCUGUUCCAGCCAUGCUGGAGCACGUCCCAGCCACCAGACUUGAAGAAAAUCCCCGAAACAGACCUGAAGCACAUCUUGGAAGCCAGGCAGAAUCUGCGGAGCCGAGGGAGUUCUCAAGCUCGACUUCAGCUUCUUCCCAGCUAGAAGAAGCAAGGACACGCCGGCUGAGUUCCACAGGCAACGCGCCCUUAUCUGUAGACGAGGAUUUUGAGAUGCUCCUUUGGGAAAUCUCAGGCGGCAGACUGGAAGCCGAACUUGACUUGGACCCAGGGAAGGAUGAGGAUGACCUCCUCCUUGAACUUUCCAAGAUGAUUGACGAUUGAACUGCAGAGUCCUAGGGUAUAUUUAAAAAAAAAAAAAAAAUUAAAACUCUUCUUCUUGUUGGAUACCCCGAGGUGAUCCUUUUUCUAACUGAGGCUUUGCAAUGAGACUUAAAGCACAGUUUGAACUGGUAGAAAUUGGCAGGAGCUGCACUCAGUUGUCCUAAGUCUCCCUGCUGGUCAGAGUUAAGGUCUUGUGCAUCCGUUCUGUAACUAUAGGUGGCUACCUUGGAUAUCAAGAGGACAAAGCACUUGUUUCUUUUGGCACAGAAAGAUGUGCAUCGGCACGCUGUGGUGGCUGUGAAUUGACGUACUGACGGAGCGAUGCUCUGAAGGCUUAAACCUAAAGCUUCUUCCUUCCUCCCCCCUUGGCACAACUCGAUGUUGGGCACAUUGUGAAGCUUCGGCGUUCUGAUUUCUCGGCCAGUUGAUACCCAAAUCCCGGAGUUACUGCGUCAACUCUUGGCUUUUAUUUGUGUAUGCCAUUGUUUUGACUGUAAUCUUUUCAGGUGAUGAAGCUGUGGGGGCGGGAGGGAGCAGAAUAAUUAUUCUAGCGUUGUGGACCAAACAUGCUGCCAGGAGGGGGGGGGGGGGUGUCAGCCCACCCAGCCUUACUUUCAAUGAUCAGGGAUGAUAAAAUGGUGUGAAAAGCAGCAGCUCUGCGAUACGGCUACGCUACCCCCACUCCCUUCUCUUGUGCUGUACCAAAGUUCCCCCAAGCUUUGGUUGGUGCUUUUGGCUGGUGACAGUAGGACUCCGGGGCGAGUAGUCGGGACUCUUCUGCGGUAACUGGGUCAACUGAGGGUUGGUUUAAGUGCCUCGUGGUUUUUAAAAUUGCUCCCCUGAGCUGCUGGCUCUGCUGCCUGCUCCAGCAAAUGUUCGGGUGCCAUCAGCGUCGCACUUGGGCGUGGGCACUGACCCUGCGGAGGAGAGCUGAGACUCGGGUGUAUUGCGUACCCUGCCACCAGUGAUCGUUUUCCCCUAGCAGAUCUGUUUUGAAUGAUUUUCUGAAAUUUUAGAGGAACUUUAGGCUCUUCGUGCUAUGAUUUGUGAAGCUGUAGGGGCCCUCAGGCAUUUGCUGCUGGCAGAGGAAAACCGCUUGUCGAAUUUGUUGUAAAUACUUUUGUUUGGACAACAA